UCAAAGGCUUCUACUAUGCUCAUUAAUCAAGACUCCUCCCCUUUGGGUGACUCGACAAAACAGGAACCAGGAAGUGCUCACAGCUGGGCACGAACCUGCCCGUUUGCCCUACGUUUAUUUAGUACAAGCCCGUACAGAGGGAGAAUGGCAGGCAGGUUCUCGCUCCCAGAAGUGGAUCUCUCCUGUCCCAUCUGCUGUGAGAUCUUCAAGGACCCGGUUGUUCUCAAGUGCAGCCACAGCUUCUGUGCCCCCUGCGUGCAGAAGUACUGGUCCAAGCGAGGGCGAAGCCGCGACUGCCCUCUGUGCAGAGCCCAGACUGUGGAGGAUCCAGUACCAAGUCUCACCCUGAAGAACCUGUGUGAGUCCGUAACCCAGGAGAGUGAGGGUGAGGGUGUGGAGGAAAGAGCAGAGGAGCUGUACUGCGACGUGGGGGAGAUGUGCUCUCUUCACGGGGAGAAGCUGAAGCUCUUUUGCCUGCUGGACAAGGAGCCUAUCUGUGUGGUCUGCCACACCUCAAAGAAGCACAAACAGCAUGACUGCUGCCCUGCCAGCGAGGCCAUUGUAGAUGUGAAGGAGAAAAUGAAGUCAUGCCUCAGCUCUUUACAGGAAAAGAGAGAGGCUUUGGAGGAAAUAAAGAAAAACUAUGAGCACAGCGCGGCACAUAUUCAGGUGCAGGCUCGGUUUGUGGAAAGGCGGACCCAUGAGGAAUUUCAAAAGCUACACAGGUUCCUUCAGGAUGAGGAAAACGCCAGGUUGGAAAGGCUAAGACGGGAGGAGGAAGAGAAGAGCCGAGACAUAAAACAGAAGAUUGAGGACAUGGAAAGGAAGCUAACAUCGGUGUCCGUGUCCAUUAAAGGCUUGGAGGAGGAGAUGGCAGUAGAAGGCAUCUCGAUUCUUCAUAACUGCAAGAUGAGUCUAGAAAGGGCUAACUGUCCGAUCGAAGGUGAAGUUAUGGCUCCGUGUGCGCUCAUUGACGUAGGCCGAUACGUGGGCUCGCUCUCGUACCACGUGUGGGAGAAGAUGCAUAAGAUCGUCAAAUACACCCCAGUCACUCUGGACCCCAACACCGCCGCCCCGUGGCUCGUCCUGACAGACGACCUCACCAGCGUCUGCGACAGCGACAAGAAGCAGAAAUUGCCCGACAACCCAGAGAGAUUCGACCCUGACAGCGCCGUGCUCGGCUGCGAGGCCUUCACCUCGGGCAAGCGCGCCUGGGACGUCAACGUGGGAGACAGCACGGCGUGGGUUGUCGGCGUGGCCAAGGAAUCCGUCAAGAAGAAGGAGAAAGUGUCUUCAGUGCUGAGCAAUGGAUACCUCUGUGUGUACUUCUACCACAAAAUGUACUUCGCAGGUACCUCUCCUCUAACUCGGCUGAACUUGAAGAGCAACCCGCAGAGGAUCCGAGUGCUGCUGGACUGUGACAGGGGCAGGUUGUCGUUCUACAACCCACAGGACAACACACACAUCUACACGUUCAAGCACCCACUCACCGAGAAGGUCUUCCCGUACUUCUGGGUGGGCUGCCAGCAGUGUCCUCUGACCAUUGAGCCACUGGAGGUCAUUGUCAAAGCUGUGGAGUAUUUUUGAGAGUAGUUAAACUUCAAGACCCCCUAGUUUUUGUUGUUCACAAAUUGGAACUUAUCUGCUUUGUUUCCCGGCUUGGUGCAAAUGCUGUCAAUGUUGAUCAAAUCCAAAUAUAUGAAAUGGUAAAUGUAAAAGGCUGACAAGUUGCAUAAUGAAUACUAACGAUGAAACAUAUGCUAAUAUACAAGGAUUACUUGUUUGCAGUGUGCAUCAAAUAUGAAGUGAUUUGAUAAUAAAGUUGUUUAUUGGCGUGUGA